AUGGCUGAUGCUAAGUCUUCUACCGACAACUUUAAUAUUCAGAUUACCAGUGUGAAGUUGAAUGGUGCUUCUAAUUAUCUACUUUGGUCUCAAGCCUUUGAGGUCUAUGUCACUUGCUGCCGGAAGAUGAAAUAUCUUACGAUGGAACCCGUGGAUUCCACUGAUGACAAAUAUGAUGAUUGGAAGGCUGAGAAUGCAACCCUUCUUUGCUGGCUUUGGAAUAGCAUGGAACCCUCCAUUGCUUCCAAUGUUAUGUUUCAUAAAACUGCCAAGGGUGUUUGGAACGAACUUAAAGAGAGCUACUCUCAAGAUACAAAUCUGUCCCGAAUUUAUGAUGUCUAUGAGAGAUUCUUUUCUUUUAAACAAGAUGGAAAAUCCCUUGGUGAGUAUUACAGUUCAUUGAAGGGGAUGUGGGAAGAACUCAAUGUAUACCACCCUAUCUCUACUGAUGCUGCUGUAAUUAAGUCCCAAAGAUCUGAAUUUUUGGUUGCUAAAUUUCUCUCUGGGCUAGAUUCUGAUCUUCAAUCCGUCAAAAGUCAAUUGUUGACUGGAGAGAAGAUCCCCUCUAUGAAUGAAGCAUAUUGUCGGAUCCAGAGAGUAGUAUCCCCUUCUGUGGUGAAGUCUGAUUCAGCUCCUACCAACAAAGAUAAUUCUGCCCUUUUCACUUCUACUGGAGGGCGUGGCCGUGGUGGUGGUGGUACUUCUUCUCGCGGUCGUGGUUCUACUUUUGGGCGCGGUCGUGCCACUGGUUCUGGAGGUCGUGGGGUUACAUCUAACACUGCUGGUUCUGGUUUUGUUGAUACUAGUUCUCGAUGGUGCACUCAUUGUAAUCGGUCUAAUCAUACUGUUGAUAAGUGUUGGCUCAAACAUGGCAAACCACAGUGGGCCCGUGAGCAAUUUGCAAACUCUGCCAUAUCUGAUGGAGGGACUGAUUCUGUGCACUCUUCCGACCCUGCCCCGAGAUCCUCUACUGAUGGUGGUACCUCUUCUAAUGAUUUAGUCUCUCAACUCUUACAGCGAGUCCAGCAACUUGAGGCUUCUUCUUCUACAUCUACAGCUGUCCUUGCCCACUCAGGUACUACUGCUUGUUUCGCAUCCUCAUCCUCUCCGUGGGUCAUUGACUCAGGAGCAUCCUCUCACAUGACUGGUAAGCCUACUUUGUUUUCAUCUUCCACACAACCUUCUAUGUCAUCUUGGAUUUCUAUUGCAGAUGGAUCCUCUAUGCCAGUCACUGGUCAUGGGAAAGUUGCUCUGAUACCAUGA